AUGUCGGCAAAACAAAUUAACAUUCUCUUGACUUGUGCAACUGGCUACAUCGGAGGCUCCGUUCUGACUGGUCUCCUUCAACAUCCAAAUGUCUCGAACUUCAGAAUAACCGCUCUGAUUCGUGGUGAUGAAAGCAGAGUGAAAAGGAUUGCGUCGCUCGGUGUUACUACUCUGAUCGGCUCAAAUGAUUCGCACGAUAUCAUCGAAAAAGCAGCAAGUGAAUCACAUGUCGUUAUUCAUACGGCCAAUUCGGCUGAUGAUCUUCCGUCGACUAGAUCGAUUAUUAGUGGUUUGAACAAACGAACUCAGACGACAGGAAAACCAGUUAUUUAUAUUCAUACUAGCGGUACCGCUGUUAUUUCUGAAGAUGUUCGCGGCAAGAAAGGAUCGAACACGGUCUACAGCGAUCUGGAUCCCGAUAAGAUCAACGGUGUAGCCGACGAACAGGCACAUCGGAAUGUCGAUCUCCUUAUAAUCAACGCAGCACAAGCCAAUCCUCAAUUGAAGAGUGUCAUCGUUCUUCCGCCCGCCAUCCAUGGCAUUGGUACAGGAUUGUUCCAUCACUAUUCCGAGACACUUGCAGCACUGAUUCGUGCCGCCUUGAAACGAGGCAAGGUGGAGUCACAUGGCCGAUUUAGUUGA